GAGCGAAGGAGGGAAGAAAAGAGAGAAUGAAAUGGAACGAUGGGCGAAGAACGAGGAGAGAGAAGGCGCGAAAAUAGGGUACAACGAAGAGUGCGGUGGGAGUGCAAACGAAGCGCAGAAUCGUCGAAACGGAUAAUUAAGCAAAGUCAUGGUGCGGACAAUAUUGGAGAUUGCGGCUCUAUCGUGAUCAGCGAAAGAAGAGCGGAUGCGUACGAAGAUUGUCGUGACCUUAGGAAUUCGCGAACACGUCGACGAUGUAACCGGGAGCGACGUUCCAUCGUAGACAUAAACUCGGGAAGAUGAAACCGAGAGUGAAUCUGGUCGCGAUUAUAUUAACUCUGAGCUGUGUGUUACGUGCGUUGGAAGGUUUGAAAUCCGACGACAAACGUACAAACCACAAGGAAUACUCUGUUGUGAAAAAGGUUUUCAAGGAGGUUCAUAAUAAGGUUGCACCAAAUAGCGUCGCUGUCCUACGCGGAGAAGAUAAAACGAAAGUGGUGAAGACCAGGAAUACUGGUCUGGGUUUGUCGAAAGAUUACCUACAUACACCAGAUCGUCCUCGCCGAAGGAAGCGGAAAAUGGACCGUACAAUGAUGGCGCUGCUAAUGGCCUACAAGCUGAAGUUCGUCGCUCUGAUUCCAACGAUGAUCGGAGGGUUAAUACUGUUAAAGGCCACCGCGUUGCUCGCGGGCUUUUUCUUCGCGCUAUUCGCCGCGGUUCUCGGUCUGAAAGUGAAGUGA